GAGAAAAGGAAGGUACCUAAAUUUCCAAAUGGAUCUACCCCUACAGGAGAGACUCUCAAAGAAGAAGGCCAUCAUGCUGGACCUGAACUCGAGAGAACUGGAAGACGGCUUUUUGGUGGUUUGAUACUUGACAUCCAAAGGAAAGCACCUUUUUUCUUGAGUGACUUCAAGGAUGCAUUAAGCCUGCAGUGCCUGGCCUCGAUUCUUUUCCUAUACUGUGCCUGUAUGUCUCCUGUAAUCACUUUUGGAGGGCUCCUGGGAGAAGCUACACAAGGCAGAAUAAGUGCAAUAGAGUCUCUCUUUGGAGCCUCAUUAACUGGGAUUGCCUAUUCUCUCUUUGCUGGGCAACCUCUUACUAUUUUGGGGAGCACCGGACCAGUUCUAGUAUUUGAAAAAAUAUUAUUUAAAUUUUGCAGGGAUUACAGUCUUUCCUACCUCUCCCUGCGAACUAGCAUUGGUCUGUGGACUGCGUUUCUAUGCAUAGUACUUGUAGCCACAGAUGCCAGCAGCCUUGUGUGUUAUAUCACUCGAUUUACUGAGGAAGCUUUUGCAGCGCUUAUAUGCAUCAUAUUUAUUUAUGAGGCAUUGGAAAAGCUUUUUGAUUUGGGAGAACAGUAUGCCUUCAAUAUGCACAAUCAUUUGGAUAAACUGACUUUAUAUUC